AUGUCUAAAGGCGAAUUUGCUAUACUAGAAAGAAGUAUAGGAACACUUAUUUCUACUAAUGGAUUUCUUUCGACUUCACGUGAUUUAACUGUUUCUUUGGCUUUUGCUGGACAAGGAAUGGAAGAGACUGACGAUCGAUACGCGGUUUUAUUUAUUAUCCAUGUUGACCCAUCAUUAAAAAGUUUCGAUUUCGCUGAUGUUUAUGAUACAAGUGAAAUGCCUAGUGAAAACGAGGUACUUAUCAGCCAUGAUGCUUCAUUCAAAAUCGAUUCUGUUCAGAAAAAUUCUGAUCUUAACAUAUGGCAAGUAGGAUUGACGGCAACAGAUGAAGGUUCAGAUCAUGUUCAAGAAUACAAAUUAUUGUUUCAAGAGCUAAUGAAAGAUCAGAGUGCGGCUGUGCUUCUCGGUGCCUUUUUCUGGCGCGAUAUGGAAUAUAUAGAGCACGCAAAAAAAUACUUCGAGACAUUACUUCAAAGCCUACCUUCCAAUCAUUCAGAUGUUCCAUUUAUUUACAACUACAUUGCUGCAUCACAUUACGAAAAAGGUGAGCUAGAUUUAGCAUUAGAAAACUACCAGCGUGCCUAUGCGAUUCGUCAAGAGCAACUUCCGCUAAAGCAUGCUGAUUUUAUUGCUUCUCUGCAUAAUAUUGGUAAUAUUUAUUGUGAAAAAGAAGAUUUCGAUAAAGCCAACAAGAAUUAUUCUCACGCACUAACAAUUGAUCAAGACAGUCAUUAUAUUGAUUCACUAUCAAGAGCAGGUAUAUAUGAAGCUUUGGGAAAUCUCUUUCAUAAGAAGCGUGAUCUGAAUAGUGCUCUUGAUUGGUUAAAUCGAGCAUACCAUAUGUACAUGAGACUUUUGCCUGCUCCACAUCCUCAUAUUGCUAGAUGUCUUGGCAACAUUGGUCUUGUUCAUGAAACAAAACGUGAUAUAGAUCUUGCUUUAAAGUGUUUCUUUGAAGAAUUUGAAAUGGAAGAACAAUGUUUGCCACCUGAUCAUCCCAAUCUUGGUCUUCAUUUAGAUUGGAUCAUUACCAUGUAUAAGAAGAAAGGUGAGUGGACGAAGGUUCUUCGAUUCUAUCAGUUGAAAUUAAAUACAACGAUACCUACAAUCAAUAUAAAUUAUUCUCAUUUUAUGUCUGUAUUACGAGCGCUGAAGGAUUUUUCUCAUGCUUCCACUCUAUAUGACACGUACAGCGAACUGUCGUCAAUUUACAUGGUAUCACCUCCAUUCGGAAUAACUUUCACAGAAGACACAGUUAAUCAACUGAAUACAACUCAGUGUAUCAGAAAGCUCAAUAACUGCAGUUUCGACAUGCAAGGAUUGGACGAGAAUAAUACAUAUUGGUUACAUGCAUUAAAUAUUGAACGUCGAGUCUACUCAACAGAUCAUCCAGAAAUCAUUCGCUCCUUGCGAUGGGUCGGUGAAAGUCAUGCAAAAACUGUGCGAAACUAUUCGGAAGCACUACGAAUGUAUUCAAAAAGCUGAAACCGUCUUACCAGAAAAAACAACCAAUUCUAAAUGGCAACAAAUUAAAUGAUCAGUAUUUUUUUGGUGAACGCCCAGUAUAAUUUACUCAGCAUCAUAUAGAACUUAUCAGGAAACUUCAGUUGUGAGUGUGGGUGUUAGUCUUCACUUCUCCUACACCCAGAAUCUCACUCUUACGAUACAGAUUAAAUAGGGUGGGUGUGGGUGUGGGUGGGUGUGGGUCGGGUGUGAGUGGGUGUGGGUGUGGGUGUGGGUGAGUGGAUAUGGGUUGCUAUGGGCUAUCGUUUUGGGCAUCCACACACCCAUAUCCCACACACACCCACAUCCCACACCCACCCGCAUCCCACACCCACCCACACCCACAUCCACACCCACCCGCAUCCCACACCCACCCACACCCACAUCCACACCCAUACCCACACCUACACCCACACCCACACCCACACCCCACCCCCACACACCCGCACCCACACCCACACCCCACACCCACAC